AUGCCUGACUCAUAUACCGUUAUUCAGGAACGUAUCCAGAAGGCUUUAGCCACUAUUGCCCCCGGAACAAAACCUAAAGUCACUCGAUUGGCUGCUGAAUUCAACGUGCCCUACGAUCAGCUCCUAAAUCGCUACAAUGGGAUCCCCCCAAAGACAGCCACUCUUACGCGCUCACAGAUCAUGAAGAAUAGGCUCUUCAUCAGUAUAUAUAACGGCUCGAUGGAUUGGGAAUAUCUUAUCGUCGUCCGAUGCUUAAAAGAGCUAUAA